UCUGAGCUGCAGCUUCUUCUCCUCCAGGAUGAAAUUCUACCUGAUUUUAUUCACACUGGUGUGUGUGAGGGCUCAGAUCAAACACCAGACUAUAGAACUAACAGCGUGUUCGGAUACAGAAAAAGAAUAUAUGAUAGGAUCUGAUGGGGAGGUGGAAGUUUAUUCCGAUUUUGUAAGGCAGCGGGCAGUAACUAAGCUGCCUCCAUUUGCUGAUCCAUUUGAGUACCCUGGAAUAUAUGAAACGAGUGUGGCAGACAUGGAGAUUUGCAAACAAAACUUACAAGUGCUAAUAAAAGACUACAAAGACCAACCGAUAGCAGAAGAUGCUCCCCAAACCUCCAUCUAUCCCAGGAAUAAUGUAAUAGUGGGAUCACAGAACACCCUCAUCUGCCAUUCAGAGCGUUUCUUUCCGCCACCCAUUAAAGUAACCUGGACUAAAAAUGAUGUAGACAUCACAGACAGCGCUAGACUCAGUCAGAACUACCCGAACAAGGGCGGCACCUACAACCAGUUUUCCUACCUAGACUUCACCCCAGAGGAGGGAGAUGUUUACUCCUGUGCAGUGGAACACCAGGCCCUCCAAAUGCCUGAAACUAAAAGAUGGGAUGUUGAUGUUGAGCGGCCCAGUGUUGGUGCGACUGUAUUUUGUGCAGUGGGUCUGACUGUUGGGCUGAUCGGAGUCGCUAUUGGAAUUCUGUUCAUCAUUUUAGCAAAACUAUGAAACAAUGAACAACAAGGAGUGUAAUUAUACUCAAAACUCAUGAUUUCAUUUUUGAUGUAAUAAAGAUUUUAAAAUUGAUGUAAGAAUUAUUUUUUGUAAUUUUGUUCUAGUUUGUUGUAACUUUAUAAUCAGGUAAAUGUCACUGGAUGCACUGAAUAAAUGAAAGUUUUUAAAUGUC